CUGCUCCGGGGAAAAACCUCUAGCCCCUCCAAGAAAACAGGAACAGCACAGCAGUACCUACUUUAUCCUCUUAAACAACUACGGAGCCAGAACUUCGGCACCCCCCCUCAUUUCCGGUGGAACAUUCCUUUGGCGGCACUUCAACAAUAUGGCGGCCAAAAGUGGAACUUUUGACUUCGCCAAAGCUCUCGCUGGGAUUUCAACUAAAGACGACCGCAUAGAGACAGCUACAAGUGACGAAGACUCAGAUAAUGACUGGUGUGAUGUGAACAGCCAGUUCAGCUUGGAUGACUACAUGGACUGUGACGAGUAUGAGAUGAUGUGUGACAAGGUAGAGGACUACUUUGAUGAACUUGACAGCAAGAAGGAGACAUCAGCCAUAACACUAACAGAGUCUUCAUGUAAAGAAAACCACAAGACUACAAAGACAACCGAAGGAGAAUAUACAACAUGUAGUGAGUGGAUGGUGGCACAUCUGCCUUCACACUGGAACAUUCACCUGGCAAGGAUUGAACAGCAACAAGCUCCCAAGAAGCUGACUGAUGAAGAAAAGAAAAAACUGCAGAAAGAGUUCAAAGCCUUGCCUUCAAGUGUGAUUGUUGAGCUUGAGAAAGCAGUUGUAGAAGGCAGACAGAAGUACAUGGAGAUGUGUACACGGGACUACUCUAGACUGUACCAACCGUGUAAAAAGUGCCCAGUUACCACCAUUGUGCAGUUUCUGGUGGAGUUUUGGGUGGAAAAUUUGGAACAUAAUGAGUGGGAGGAUGAUGACAACACAUGGUUUUGGACCAACAAACUGCACACUGUUCGAGCCCUUGCUGUGCACUUCAAUGUCUGUACCAAGAAUCAGGCAAAGAACAUUGUUACUGGGCUGAAUAUCCUAUUCCCCUCAGCCAAUAAGUUCACACAAGAACUUCUCAACCUCAUGCUGUACUGGAUAGUGGACCCAGUGUAUGGGCCUAUGCUAGCUGAGAUCAUUGGGGAAGUCUCUUUGGAAGAUGGAUGUCACAUUUACCAGUUCCUAUUGGAGCCAAUUGCUGAAUACAUUUGUCCACAACAAAAACCACUCCUGAAAUACAAGAAAGUCAGGGAUAUCCUAGUGUUCUACUUGUGUGCUGUACUGGUGAAGUCUACAGGCACAGACAAUGACAAUAUAGAUGUUAUACGGAUUCUUGUGAAACUAGAUGGUCACGAGAGCUGGGCUAUUGUAGAAAAUGUCUUCAUCAGCGGAAGGUACUAUUCAGCCGAUGGCCACUACUCCUAUGUUGACUAUCUAGAAGGUCUGAACUUAGGUGUCUCCAAAGACCUGGAUGCACUGCACAAGGCUCGAUUUGAGCGCAAAACAGACAAUGCCAUUGCAGAGAAGAAUUGGAGGUCCUAUGAGGUGCGUCGCUACAGACUAGAGAUGCGACACAAGGAGAACUCAAAUGAUCCCAAUUACCGCAAGAUGCACGACUGCAAGACAGACGAUGCUAAGAAGAUGCUCAUACGAGUUUGGUUCCAAGGAGAAGAAUGGCUCCACCAAACAAACAGAGAAUUUACCUGAAAAGCCAGUGGCAAACGGGGUCAGGGUAUGUCCUGAAAAAAUACAAGUGAAGAAACGCAAGAUCCGAGAGUGUGGCUUCUGUGGUAAGCUGUCCACAAAUGAGCAGAAGUUCUCCAAGUGUGGGUCCUGUCUCCAUGUGUACUACUGCUCACGGGACUGCCAGAAACAGCACUGGAAGUCAGGUCAUAAAAACCAGUGCCGCAAGAAAUAGAUCAUCUGAACAAUGGAGUGUGCAUCUUCAGUACUUGGCACAUUCCAGAACUAAUGAAGGUUUAACAACUGUUCAUAUUCAGAUUACUAAUAACUAACAAUCUUGUUCGUAGAUCAAGUUCAUUUUUUUUCUAUCAUUUAUGAAAACUUCUGAUGCCAAUGACAUGUCUCUCAUAGUGCUGAUGGAAAGUUAUUUUCAGAUGAGUUGUAUGAUUCUAAUGCCUUGUGUAGACUGGUCAGUUGCAAAGUUGCAGGAACCGUUUUUACUAGCCUAGGGCAUGUAUACUAAUGUCUCCACAUUUCGUAUCAUACAGCCAAGAUAAGAAUUACUAAUCAGACUUUCAACAAGCAGCCUUUCUUGAUAACACAUGACUAAAAGCAUGUCAGUGGAUUGAUAAGUUUUAGCCUGCAGGAUUUUUUGUCCAUUAGAGGGACAGUAUCUGCCAAGAUAAACAUUAUGAAUAAUUAUUGCUGGUAAGGCAUAAAGUGUUUUUUUCUGAAAUAUGAGAUAUACAUGUAUAAACGGUUUUCCUCUCAAUUCACUAUCAGGAAAGUUGCACUUACAUGUACUCUCAAUGGCUUUACAUACAUAAGUCUUGUUGGAUUGACUACGUCAUUACAUUAUAGAUAUAGUCAGAUAUGUCAAGCAGAACUGUUUGUGAUUUAUUACAGGCAUUAAUGCAUCCAUUACAAUUGUUUGUUCCUUAGGCAAAGGGGUAUCUUCACCUCAGACAGUAUCAGACUGAAUAUUAGGGAGUUUUGUUUAAGUAAUCUAAAUGUUUAAGUUGUCUAAUCUUACAUGUAUACAUGUAUGUUUUCAUGUGAAGUCCUGAACAACAGUGGAUUUAUAGUAGGGCAGUCAUUAAUCCUUGUUGGACUACAAAAUGAGAAGGGCUACAUGUGUAAGAACUGAACUUGCAAUUCAUCUGAAACGUUUACAAUGGACAGAAGCUCCUCAAUUUGAAAUUACUUCAUACAGACACAAGUUUUGUACAACAUAGCUGAAAAGUAGCACCUCUAUGGAAGCUUUCCUUCAUUUUACUUUACUUUUACUUCUAAGCAAAACACAGGUUAUGUUUGCAGCACAUUGAUGAUGCUACAUGCUAAACUCAUAUACAUUUUGUACUUGUGUUUAAGAUUUUGUUUCUUUUCAGUUUUAUUUGCUGGUGUAAGGCAGAAAGAUGUUUUGUUACUUGGAUAGUAUAGUACAUCAUGCAGUAUUCUGUAAUGAUUCACUGACCAUUUAGUCUUAUGUAGUAAAAUGUAGGUAUUAGUUUCUCAUUAAAUCUAUAGUGCCUUAAUAAAUGUACAGGCCACAUUC